AUGGCCUUUACUCUGAGUGUCCCUCCCACUUUGCCAAUCAGCGGCCUCAGCCGGCACCUCAUUCAGCAUGAGCCUCGUACCCUCGAUGAUGAUCCCGACUUGACAACCUGUCUCAUCAGUGCCACCUCGCUAGCCAGCUCGUCUUCAGAGGCCUCGCUGGCCAUCCCUGGCCUUGGAGCCAAUAGGGGUCAGCAGACCAGUCGGCAACUGGCCGGAAUGACUCGCAACUUCCUUGAUCCGCCGACUCUUCAGGUGAAGGCACCAAGUAGUCCGGUUAUUGCCGCCGUACUGCCCGCCUCUCCUGGGUAUCGCAACCGAUCUCCAAACUCUUCGAAAUCCUCCUCAUCUUCAUGUUCAUCGUCUUCAUCCUCUUCUCCACUUUCUUCGACCUCCUGUCUACUGCCUAAUCUCACGCCCCGGCAACCCAGACUCAGGCCCGGUGAUUCCUAUUCAAGGGGCACCGAGGACCGAGCGUCAGAAUCCGAACCCAACCAUCUGGGCGCUAAGCCGCCGCUCGGCAGAUCACAGAAUACAAGACCAACUGGUUGUCCAGACGUAGAGAUGCCUAGAUCAGCCACCGCUUGCUCGCCUUGCUCCCUCUCCCUUACUCAAGAAAAUGAACAUGGGUCCUGUCCGGAGACGGAACCUAACCGACUGGAGACCCAAUGGAGAGAAACGUCAAGGCUGCUAAAUACAGGUCUCUUGCAGUCCUCAGCGGACAUUGGUGAGAUUGUCUUUCUUAUGAGCUCUCUACCCAUUUUAAAUGAGCCAUGA